AAGAAAGUAUGUGUGUGAGAAAGAGAGAAAUAAGGAGAGAGCAAGCUAGAGAGUGUGUGUGAGAGGGUGAUAGAGAGAGAGAAAGGGAAGAACUGGACCGCAUUUAUUGUUUCUUUCUCUGCUUACGUGUGUGCCUGUAAUCAAAUUAUCCAAUUCAGGAGCCAUGCCUCGUGGGGACUUCACUGUUCAUUUUGCAAGCAGAGGACGGGGCAACUUCAUCAGAGCAGAAGAGGCUGCUGGCAUUGCUUUCUUGGCGAUUGUCCUUACAGCUUUGUUUAUUCUGGGCUGUUGGUACUACCGUAAACGCAAUGGGUAUAGACUGAUUCAGAACUCCAGAGGCCCGAGUCUAUCCUGGAGGGAACUUGUGAGAUCGGGACAGUACAGUGAACUAGGGCCAGCAGGGGAGAAUAAAAUGGCCCUCAAUCAAUUUAACAACACUCAAUCUGCGUUCCCCAAUGCCCCGCCAGCCUAUGAGAAGAUCAGCACUGGAUUAUCACCACCACCUUACUCACCCUAAACAAGAACAAUUCAAUCAUAUCUGUUUUAUCGUUGUCGGAUUUUGUCAUUUGUAAAUGACACAGAAAUGAUUAAAGAAAAACAUCAAUAAGUGUUUGCUAAACGAGAAUGCAACAAACUAGCUUUGGACUGGAAAUCUUGAAAUCCAGUUGCAGAAGUGUUUUCUACAUAUUCAAGUCAUUUUAAAUGUAGAUUCUUACAACUCUACACUGAAAUUUAAACAUAUUGUGUAUCAAUGGCAAAGUUCUAUGGAGGGUUAAACAGGUGUCUAAUAUAUAUCUAAAUGUCAAUAAAAUAAAAUCUACCGAUAUAACCGAUGAAACAUCGCUUCUGUUUAGUGCACACAAAACGUUUUUUAAUCCGUGCACAUUAACUGCAUUUCAUUGGCUAUGUACAUGUACUUUGCACAAUAAAAAUAAAGUUGAAUCUAAUCUAAAA